GACCGACCAUUGUCCUCAAACUUUCAAGCCUCAGGCCUCAACGUUCAACGCCGAUGCAUUCAAGUUAGAGCAUGCUGUUGUUGCAGGUUUUGAACUCAGUCAACUGUACACCAGUUCUUUAGAUUUACAUAAUCGCAAGAUUCGCAACUUGAACGUUUCAACUUGAAGUUGUUCAUUCGAACUUAAAAUGGCCGCAACAUAUCCCAUCGCUGUUCCCUCUUUGGCAGACAUGUUCCCUGAACUCCCCCAUAUCCCCGUUGUAACACACUGUAAAAUUGAUGCAAGCAAAGCUGCUGGAGAUCCCAUUGAUGAGGAUGCUGCACACAGCGCAGAGCAGACGGUGCAUGUACUGCAAGCCCUCAGGCGUGCCGUUCCGGAGCUCACCGAUGCUCAUAUAGAAGGUGCAAAAAACCGCGCACAUGUGCUGCGUGCAAUUCAUGCAACUGGAGCAGUUGUGGCGGGCGACAUUACAGCUGCCUUGGAUGACAUCCGAAGAAACAUGGACGACAUGCAAAGGAAUGUAGCUGAUAAUCGUACAACCUUGGAACAGAUUCAAGCAAUCGUGCAACGGAACCAGGCCAUGCUCGCCAAUAUUCGACUGGCAAAUCAAAACAACCUGGUACCUCGUGAUCGAGACAACUAUGCUCCACUUCAGAAAACUACAAGUGGACAUGGUCAUAAUCUUGCAGUACAAGCGUCCCGGCAAGAGCAUCUUAACCAGAUCCCCCCCAUUGCCACCAUCCAGGUCGCUGAAGUAGGAACUUGCCCCCCUUCUGGAAUCCUGUCAUCAAUGGGUAUACAAUGAGAAACAUCUUCCAGUUGAUCAUCUUCUAUAACGAUAUUUCGACAUUCAACAGGCAGAUAAUGUGGAGGUCAGGAAGUACAAAUUUCGUCGCUGGUUGUGUUCUUAAGUGGUCCUGUUUCAUUUUGCAUGUGACUUUCAUUGUAGCUCGCUGCCUCACGUCAUGCGUUGGAUUGUUAUCGUUGUCAUUGUUGG